AUGACCCUAAAACCACAUUGCUGGAAUACCGGCACUGGAAUCCCCAGUCUAUCCUACUUCAUCACAGCCAUGUCAUUCCUCCGCCGUUUCGGACGAGAAAAAAAUGAAACUCAAGCGACAACAACUGGUAUCGAUACUGGAAGAGCAAAUUUCGUCGCAGAUGGCGAUCUGAACUAUGCUAUUGAACAAGGUGGAAAUGGAUCGCAGCCUUCAUAUCAGGAAGUCUCCGGCGCACCUGUGGAAGUGCAUUCGCCUCUCGGAUACGCAGUUGGUCCUGUCACGAUCUUGUUCUUGAACAUGAGUAAAAUGGUGGGGACGGGUGUUUACUCUACUCCUGCUUCUGUGCUCGUUGGCACCGGUUCAGUAGGCCUCAGCAUGAUAUAUUGGGUCCUCGGCGCUCUGAUCGCAGCUAGUUCUUUAAGCGUGUAUCUAGAAUACGCUUCGUACUUUCCGAACCGAUCGGGUUCUGAGGUUGUGUAUCUUGAGCAAGCUUUUCCGAGACCGAAGUAUCUUUUUCCAACUGCUUUUGCUGCGCAGUUUGUUUUGUUGUCUUUUAGUAGUAGUAAUGCAAUUGUGCUCGCACGGUAUUUGUUCCGUAUAGAUGGGCAUGCGCCUAGUGAUUGGGAGUUGAAGGGUGUGGCGAUUGCCGGGUAUAGUGUUGUGGUUCUUCUCCUCCUGUUUAACACGAAAUACUCAUAUUGGCUAUCUAAUGGUAUUGGUAUCGUCAAGCUGUUGACUCUGAUCUUCGUCGCUAUCACAGGUCUCGUCGUCUUAGGAGGCAACACUUCCGUCAAAAACCCAACAGCCAACUUCCAAAACGCUUUUGAGUCUUCUAAAACUACACCAUAUGGGGUGACAAACGCGCUUGUAAAAAUCAUAUUUUCCUACGCCGGCUACGAAAACGCAUUCAACGUCAAUCCCGUAAAAACCAUCCGCCGCAACUCAUUCAUCUCCCUCUUCAUCGUUACAAUCCUCUACAUCUUCGCAAACAUAGCCUACUUCUCCGCCAUACCAAAAUCGCAAAUCGAAAAAUCAACCCAAAUAGCCGCAAGCCUCUUCUUCGAAAAAGUCUUUGGCAAAGGCGGCGCCGUCCGCGGUCUCAACUUCCUCAUCGCCCUCAGCGCAUUCGGCAACCUGAUCGCCGUGCAGCUCGGCUCGUCAAGAUUGAUCAGAGAAUGCGGUCGCCAGGGCGUGCUCCCUUAUCCAAGGUUCUGGGCGUCGACGAGGCCAUUUGGGACGCCGACGGGGCCGUAUUUCGUGAAGUGGGCGCUGACGAUCCUCAUGAUUUUGGCGCCGCCGGCGGGGGAUGCUUUUAAUUUUAUUGUGAAUCUCCAAUCCUACCCCUCGGCAUUCUUCAACGUCACCAUGGCAGUAGGACUCUACCUCGUCCGUCACAGACGCAAGAAGUUAGGCGUACCGCGAUCCGAAUUCCGCGCCUGGGAUAUCGUCGUUGUCUUUAACGUCCUUACUAACCUCUUCCUCCUUAUCAUGCCUUGGUAUCCUCCCGCGUCUGGGCGGUACGGAGGCGAUGUGUCGUUCUGGUAUGGUACUUAUAUCGUCGUUGGUAUUGCUAUACUUGUACUCUGCGGCCUGUACUACUGGGUUUGGGUCUACAUCCUUCCUAAAAUUGGCGGGUAUGCGAUUCGUCAAGAGGUACUUACGCUUGAUAAUGGAGCGACAACGCAUCGGCUUGUGAAGGUGCCGAAUGGGAAGGUGGCGGCUUGGGAUGAGACGCAUGAUCCGCUGGGGAGGGAUCUGAGUGCGGCGGUUACGGAGGUGGGUAGUGAGGGGGAGAGUCAGAAGGGGGAGGGGGACGUGAAGGUUUAG